AUGACUGAAAAAGAUAAUGAAGUAUUGGCUGAUCACAAUCAACAUUUAGUCAAGAAAUUCUACCCUAUGAACAUUUCUGUGGUACGAAAGCGUACGGAAAGUCAGGGAAUAAUCCUACAGUUAAGUGCUUUGAUAUGGUUAACCUUACAAAAUUCAUCACAUACAUUACUGUUGCGGUAUUCGAGAGUGCGAGUUGUCGAGAAGGUGUUUCUUCCCUCAGUUGCUGUAUUUUACACUGAGCUUCUCAAAUUAAUCAUUUGCCUGCUUUUCAUCAUUUAUGAAGAAAAGAGCGUAUGCAGGUUAUUUAACUUCAUCCUUAAAGUUUCGGUUCCUUCGAGAGUCAAAAAUUUCCCAUGCAGUAUGUUGAAUCUUGUGAAGCGACAAGUAUUUUAUAAUUUGAAAGAUACUUUCAAAGUCUGCAUUCCUGCAGUGAUCUACAUUAUACAAAAUAAUCUGUUUUAUUUGGCAGCAUCUCAUCUGGAAGCAGUAACAUAUAUGGUGACUGCACAGUUGAAAAUUUUUACAACAGCAAUAUUUGCAGUAAUUAUGUUGAAAAGAACCAUUACUAGAAAGCAAUGGCUAUCGCUUGGUGUUCUUUUUGUUGGUGUAUGUCUUGUUCAGUUAGACCAACAAGGAACAAAGAAGACCUUUUUCAGUGAUCCUUAUUUAGGAUUUUUGGCUUCUGUUUCUGCAUGCGUUCUUUCCGGUUUUGCAGGAAUAUAUUUCGAAAAGAUUUUAAAUACCAGUCCAUCUGUAUCGGUAUGGAUACGUAAUGUGCAGUUGGCAUUGUUUGGAAUACCUUCAAGUUUCAUUGCUUCUUUUAUGAAGGAUCAUGAAACAAUUUUUAAUGAAGGUAUGCUAUAUGGUUUUGAUAUGCUAGUUUGGGUUGUUGUUUUCUGGUAUUGCAUUGGUGGUUUAUCCGUUGCAGUAUGUAUUAAAUAUUCUGGCAAUAUAGCGAAAAAUUUUGCAACAUCGGCUGCUAUAAUUAUUAGUAUGGUAGCGUCAAUAUAUCUUUUCGACUUCAUUCCUAAUCCAUUAUUUUUACUUGGAACCGGAUUGGUUAUCACCAGUAUCUUCCUAUAUUCUUCUUGA